AUGACCACCAUCUCCUGGCCCAUCAAUCCAUUCACCUACGCCACCGGGACUCAGAUCGGCAUGAACGCGGACGUCACUGUUCCGUACACGGUGCAGAUGCGAUCUUGUGGGCAGCCAGUGGUCAUCCAGGGCGUGUCUGGAAAGAUCCAGCUGACCUUCCGCCUGUCGCCGAGCGUGGUCCGGGACCGGCGCUGGGGCUACGGGGACACCACCCCGUACCGCGUGGCUUGGUGGGAAGACAUCCCCGGCAUCAGCUCCCAGGCGGACCGAAUCCGGCGCUGGACCACCCACGGCUGCAAAACCUUCUGGAGCCGGACGCAGGAGGACAUCGUCACAGCUCAAUGCGAUCGCAUUCCCAGCAGCCAAGGCUCGGUGAUGACAGUGGAGCUAGUGCCGCGGCCCAACUACAAGGUGCAAGGCGCCCCUUCGCGCAACAGGAACGCUCACAAUAUCGCCCCGCACCCAGCUACGCAAGUUGUGCACGAGUGCCCUGAGUUGCCCGUUACAUUUCAGUUCGACGCAGCUGUGGCUGAGAUCAGCUACACUCUGCUGGCCUUCCUCAUUCGUGGCAGCCACAGCUUCCGGGGCGCCUGUGCCAACUCCAAGCGGCCAGGCAAGGUGUCCCUUGAGCUGGCGGUGGCCACGGCCGAGGCCUUCCCGGAGAGCUUGCUGGAUGGCCAGAUCGCGCUGGUGUCCGGAGGCGAGGGGCCGCAGCUGCUGCGGAAGCCCCGGGACUUGCUGACCUGGCCCAAGGAGCAUGGCUACCCUGGCGAAGAGACGGUCGGACAGUGGUUCCAAGCAAGCGCUGGCGCCAAGAUGCACAUCUGCCACUCUUUGGAGGAUGAGAUCUCGGGGGUGAUGCUGGUGGGGAAGCGGAAGAGUGUGCAGCAGCUGAAGGAGCAAUUUCAGCAGCACCAGGUGCGGCGCAGCUACGAGGGGGUAGUUUUUGGAUGGCCCAGCUGGGACGCGGCGACCUUGGACUCCCCGGUGAAGGGGGGCCGCCCCAAGACCUUCGUGCGACAACUGCGCCGGGGCGUCUGGCCGGCCACCUUCGGCGGGGCACAGAAGGUGGCCCUGGUGGAGGCUUGGACCAUGGUGGGGCGCACCCACCAGGUCCAGGAUCACCUGCUGGCUGCGGGCCACCCGAUAGUCGGCGACCGCCGGAACUCCGUGCCCAGGCACUUCCAGCUGCCCAGCUUCCGGGUCUUUCUGCACCUGAAGAAGCUGGAGCUGGAGGCGUUGGAUCUCCCAGAGGAUGACUUCAGCUUCGCGGAGUACGUGGCGCCGGAGGCUUCCACCCCCCGGCUGGUUUUCGCCGCGGCGGCGACGCCACUGCAGCUGCUGAAGCAGUGGGGAGCAGAAGAACGCCACCUGAAGGAGCUGGAGGCGCUCUUGAAGAGCCCCGGUGCUGAAGAACGCUUUCAGCAGUGGACAUUUCUCGUGGAUUCCGGGCGCUUGCAAGGCAAAGAUUGCCUGCAGAUCUUCCAGAAGUUCCCCGAGAGCCUUGGGGACUUCCUCCCGCAGGAGGUGUGGUCCAACGAGGACUUUUUUGUGCUAAGGAAGCCCUUCAACCGCCUGCUUUACCACAAGAAGCGCCUUCCCAAGGACGUGCCCCUGGUGGAGUGGGUCAAAGGUGGGGAGGGAUCUUGCCACGAGCUGACCUGCGCAGAUACCUACGUCGACUGCCGGCUCUGCCACCGCCUCGACUAUGGCACCUCAGGCGCGCUGCUGCUGGCCAAGACCACCCGGGGUGCGCAGCUGAGCCUCCGAUGGUUCUCCACCCGUCAGGUGAAGAAGGUCUACCACGCCUUGGUGCGGGGCGUGCCGCGCUGGCGCCGGGAGACCUUCACCUGGCCCCUGCAGGGCAAGGAGGCGGAGACCGCGGUAGAGGUCCUUCGGCAGGGCCGCCUGGGCGAUUUUGCGGCGCCGGUGGCAUUGCUGGAAGUGCGGCCGGCCACGGGGCGCACGCACCAGAUCCGGCAGCAUCUCGCUAUGGCUGGGCAUCCCAUCAUAGGUGAUGAGGAGUACGGCAACAGCUCCCCUCUUGAUUGGUACAGGCUUUGCCUGCACUCAUCCAGCCUCACGCUGCCGCUGGAAGACGGGGAGGUGACCAUCGAGGUGCCGCACCCGUUUUCUCUGGAGGCGGGCGGGCGGGCUGUGGGCCACAUUGUUUGUCAGCGGCUUCGGGGCUUCUUUCUCAAGAUUUUGACUCGCUGGACCAUCCUGCUGGUCUGGGCCUACAAGGCUGACGUGAACUUUUGGCCAUCCGAGAAGCAGCUGAUGAAGUUGCAGUAUUUGCCCUGGGAGCGGCGGUGGCGCGAACGCCUGCGCCGGGGACGCCUGCCGCCGCCGGAGCCGAUCACAUGGAAUCCGCUGCUCAACGACUUCUGGUAUCAAACGAAGAUACUCUGGAUCGACCGCCUCAUUUGGACCUUCUGCGCAGUGAAGGCUCUCAAGGGCAGUGAGCUCUUCUACUCGGUGGAGGUGCGCGAGCUCGUGAAGAUGCGCUCGGGCGACCGGGACCUGACCUAUGAGAGGUUUGUGGACUCCAUGAAUGACAAGGACCAAGCGGAGAAGAUCCAGUAUGUGAAGGAGCAAAGAGGCCUCGCCGCCGCACCUGACAAGAUGAGCCGCAAGGCGGCCUGGCAAGACAAGGCCGCGGUGGAGGCGCUCCAGGAUCAAGAGGUGAGCUACCGCGGCGGGGAUCCGCCCUCCGCGCGGAGCUCCAUCCAGGCCAGCGCCAGGGACAUGAUGGACGGCCCGCAGCUCAUGCAGCUUCGUGGAGCCUCCAAAAACAACGAGGAGCAGAGGAACAUUCAGGAAGCAGCCAUGCGCACCGGCGAUGCGAGCGGCACGGGGCCGGUGGUGCCGGCUUCCGGCCUGGAGCAGAUGGACAACCAGGAGAAGGUCCAGGGGGCUUUGGAAGCUGCGCUUUACACCUCCAAGGUGGGCAAUUUGCCACCUGGUUGGGAGGAGUAUGUGUCCGAGGAGCAUGGAGGCCGGGUGUUCUACGUCUUCUCCCAAACCGGGGACACGACGUGGGAACGGCCCGUGCUCCUUCCCGACGGAACUGUGCAGUUCUUUCCGACCGAGGACACCUCACCCAGCGGCACCAAGCCGAUGCCUGCUCCGGAUGUGCGAGGCAAGGGCAAGCUGGGCUCGCUGCGGAGGACGGCGCAAGCGCUGAAGCCAGACGCCGAGGCGGAACUUCCUCACUCGUCCACAAGGAGCGAAGCACAGCAUGGGGCACUUUGCCCAGGCAGUGACGAUGAGGCGGAAAACGAGUGGAUGCCCAUGGAAAGAGAAAGAGAGGUGCCGGCGCCGCGGCGCCUGCCCUUGCAGCGGGAGGCGCACCACCGGGCGCCGGAGCCGGGCGCCUCGCUGGUCGGUAUUCCCGGGGGCGGCAGCAAGGAGGAGGACCUGGAGGGGGAAGACGAAGUCCGCGCUGCAGUGCUGGCGUCGCUGGAAGCUGCCCAGAACAGCCAGGAAGUGGCACUUCCGGCUGGCUGGGAGAUGCAGACCACGCCCGAUGGCCAGGAGUUCUAUGUGAACCUUCGGUCCAACCUGACGCAGUGGACGGUACCCACGCUUCCUCCUCACUGGGAAGAGCGCUUUUCACGGAAAGGGGAGGUGUACUACCUCAGCCUCUUCGACGGCCGCAGCCAGUGGGAAUGGCCACAGGAGAACGCGACCGCCUUUGAGCACCGCUUGGAGGAGCUGCCAGGGCCCUCGCGGAUGCUGGCCCUGCCGGGCUCCACCCAGGAGUUCCACCAUGGCAACCCGGAUGAUGCGUCGAGCCAAGACUCGGACGAGUCGAGCAUGGGCAUCGCGUUGGACGAGGUGGAUGCGAACGAGUUGCUGGCGGUGCCUCCGGGCACGGAGAACGUGGAGAUGACGCCACGGGAGGAGGGGCAGGAGCUUGCAAAGUGGGGCGCGGACAAGCGCGACGAGGAGUGGAUCUCGUUGAAGAGGCAGAUGGCCAGCCAAAAGAAAGCGCACGACGAGCGCUGGCUCACUGCCCGGCACUUCCCGGGAGUUCGGGAGUUUGUCCUGUCCAGAGGACGAACCAUGAGGCCAGCCCCGAUGCCUUACGCACCCAGGCCGAUGAUGAUGCAUCACCCUGGGCAUGCUCCCAUUCAUCAUGGGCACAUGCACAUGCACACGCAGGCGAUGCCGCAAAGCUACAGCUCACCAGUGACGAUGAGCAGCCCGCGCUCGCCGCAACCCCACAUGGCCGCGGCGCACGCGGCGCACGCGGCGCACGGAGCUCACGGAGCUCACGCGACACGCAUGUACUCUGCGGGUCAGCCACAACAUCGACAAGUUGCUUUCCAAGCACCGAGUAUGGUGCAUGUCCAGCCCUGCGCGGUGCAAGGAGGACCCACGCCUUUGCCAGGGCAACUGCCCAUGCAGGCUGUGCGGAGCCUGCCGCACAUGCACCCAGCGCACGCCCAGGGUGCAGGCUCCAGUCCGAAGCAGAAUCCGGGGAGCCCAACUUCAAGGAUGGUGAAGGUGCUGUCGCAACCUGAGUCUGAGGAGUCCAGCCCCAAGAUGCAGAAGGCCUACAGCGAGAUGCCCAUCCGCGGCAUCAUCAAAAAGUUCGAGCUG